AUGGUGAAAAAAAAGCCGACUGAAUCACUUUUUUCUACAUUAGUUCGACAAAUAAAUACUGAACCAUCAUCAGCUGAAUAUCAUCUUAUUGAUAAUGAAUAUUUUGCUACAUUUAAUUCUAUAAAUGAUAUUCAAGAAUUUCAUAAUAAAUUAAUUGAAAAACAACCGAUAAUUAAUACUCAACAAGAUGAUGAUGAUGAUAAUAAUUUUGAAAUCGAACAGAAUAAUAAUGAAAUGAAUAUGAAAUCAUUUGCUGAACAAUUUCUUAUUGAUUUACCUGAAUCAUUAACAACAUUAGAUCAAACUCAUACAAAUCAAUCGAUUAAAAGAAAAGAAAUGACCUCUGUAAAUUCUAAUAUUGAGCUAAAUCAUAAACGACAACGACAAAAUAUUCGAGAUUUACCACAAUCAAGUAAUUUUAUAUUUAUGUCUGAUGAUGAUAAUGAAGAUAUAUUUAAUAAUUACGAAGAAAAAAAAUCAUCUUCACGUUCAAAACGAAUUGCAUAUGAAGAUAUGAGUUCAAUUCUUUUAACAUUAGAUAUUAAACAAAAAAAGAAAAAACAUGUGUCAAAAAAUGAUAAUCAACAACCAACAAUAGCUAUUGAAUUAGCUGAGCCAUCUAUAAUCAAAAAUGAACCAACAGAACAAGAACAUCUUGUAAUCACUCAUGUGACUGAAGCUAAAGAAGAACCAGUGGAGCUAAAUGUGAUUCCAACAGGUCCAAUGGGUUUUGGAACACCUGAAUAUUCCGGUGAUUUAGAUAAUUAUGUUCAAAAUAUUCAUCGAUCAUGUUCAACAAAUGUAUCACUAUCAGAUCCAUCAUCAUUACGACCAAAACGUAUUCGUAAACGAAAAAAAUUCUAUAUAGAAGAAAGUGAAUCAGUAAUUAAACCACCAAGAAGAAUACGAAAAAAACCAACACAAUUAAAUACUAAUUCAAUAUUAUUAACUGAUGCUGAAAUUGAACAACAAUUUGGUGAACGUUUAUCACCAACAAUUAAAUGCGAAUAUAAUGAUGAAAUGCAACAAAAUAUUACAGAUAUUGCAAUUGUACCUCAAACACCAAUUGAAAAAGCAAGAGCAAAAUUAACAAAUGCUUUAGAACGUGGGCAUGGUCCGGAUACAUUUUUACUGAAGAUUCGUUCUCGUGAAAGUCGAAUGAUUGAAAUUGAACUAGCUAUUUAUGGUACAGCUGAUUGGCAUUCGUAUCGCACAAAAGUUCUAUCAAAAAUUGAAGAGGCGCUUCGUGGUCUUCGUGUAAGUUGGACAAAAAUCGAUAUUCGAGUUGAUGAUUUUGAUGUACAAAUUUGUACAUCACCACAAGCUGCAUUAGCAACACCACCAUCAUCAUUAACAAAUGCGAAUUCAUCAUGGUUUUUAAAAGCAUUAAGUGAGUUUGGUCCAUUAAUUGUUCAUAUUCAUGAUCGACGUUAUCCUCAUCAACGAAAAUUUGUUAAAUGCCCAUGUCCACAAUGUCCAUCCAAUGAACAAAUAAAUGAAUCAUCAUUACCUAUUAUUGUUAGUGUAUCACCUGCAAAAAUACCAAAUCAUCGUUUAUCAUCUCCGACAAUUCUUCGUAAAACCCAUUCAUCAUUAAAUUCAUUUACAUCCGCAUUUCCUACUAUUCAUAUACCAUUUUUCAAAGAACUUAUUCAUCAAUAUGGUAUGAAUACUAUGAAUUCUGUUACACAAUGUGUACUUGAUUUAACACUUAUAACAAGUGUUCAUUCAUCAUUAUCAAAUCUUCUCAUAUCAAAUGAAAAUUAUCCAAUAAAAUAUCAACAAAUUAUCAAUCCAUUUAAAUCUACAAAUAUUAACAGUGAAAAUUUAACAGUGGAUAAAUCUUUUUUUCAAUCAGACAUUUUAACAUUCUAUCAAAAUAUAAAACAAAAUCAAGCUAAUAUACGAAAUGCUCAAUCAAUGAAAAAUGUGAUUUUUAAUAACAUUCCAAAACCUUCUUCAUCAUCAUCAUCAAAUAUAAUUAAAACAACAACAUUAAUUCUACCAAAACCGUCAUAUAAUCGUCGUCCACUUAUAAUGAAUCGUUCAAAUAAUAAACGCUAUCGAAAUCAAAUACCAAAUAAUGAUAAUAAUAAUAAUAAUAAUAAUGGAAUAAAACAACAAGCACAUUUUACACCAAUUAUUGAACUGAAACCAAUUUUAGGUGGAUCAACAUUAACCGAUGACGAACCAAUUCGAAAAGUUACGAAAAUUAUUUCAACUAAUACAAUACAAAAAGAUUCACAACGUUUUAAUACUAUUACAACGCAAGAAAUAACGCCACGUGUUAUUCGUUUAUCAAUUACUAAACCAUCAUCAUCCAUUCCAAAUUCAAUACGAUUAGUAUCGUCAACAUCGCCUAUAAAUAGAAUAGAAACAUCACCAUUAGUACCUAAACAAAUUAAUAUUAUUAAACCGUUUACAUCAUCAUCAAUUGCACCUGCUAUAAAACUUUCUAAUCCAAUACUUAUUUCAAAUAAAUCACAACAAUCAUUGAUUAAAUAA